AACACUUAACAUAACAAAUAACAAGCAAAUAGUGACCAAUCAUCUGCUAAUAGGUGCUUAUAGAGGCAAGAAGCUUGUGCUACGUACCGAGGAGAAGGAAGGAGCAGCAAUUGACGAGUUUCGACUUUAUUUCCCACUAUAGUAGCGGAGCGAUGUGAAGGCGAGAAGAGUGAUCGAUGACUUUCUCCUGCGGCGGCAGAGAGCAGCAAAUGGGGCGAGAGCUAGGGCGGCAGGCGGUAGCAGAUGGGGCGAGAGCUAGGGUGGCAGGCGGCAGCAGAUGUUACUUCCCGUGUUUCUGAUUUUCUAGGGCAAGAGGCAAGUUUCUGAUUUUCUAGGACAAAACGAAGAGUAUUGGGUUUAACUGCCUAAGCUCGCCCAGGAACUCCCAGGAACGCCUUCUCUCCACUAGGCGCAAACUAAGCGUUAUUCCUACCUAUUAAGCGCUACCAGCGCCUUUUACAACGCCUAUGACCAAGUCAAGGCGAUCCUCCACCGCCUAGCGCCUAAUUGAGCCUAGACGUGUGCCUAGGUGCGCCUUCUUGAACCCUGGCUAUAUAGUAAGUCAAAUAUAAGAAGCAAAUAUGCAAAACAUUUUCCAAAUUUACGGGAAAACAAUCAUUCGAGAAACUUGUGAUCUAUGCUUGCAGCAUUGGUACUAAUAUUAAAUCUCUUACUAGCAAUCAUAUAUAUUAUUACUGAACUCUAGUUAUUUAUGAUUAUUUCACUAGCAAUGGUUCAUCAAGUCCACCGGUUAUUGAAGCGGUGGACCGCUUGGUGAAAGAGGUAAACCACUUGAUGGAAGUGGUAGACCGUUUUCUUGUAGAGUGGUCGACCUUUUAGCGGAAGAGGUCGACCGUUUGUUGAACAUAACAAAAAGGAAAAUAGUACAUCUGGUCGAUCAUUCGAGCAAAGAGGUAGACCAUUUUGUCAAACAUGUUAGUUUGCUAUUUUUGUAUUAUCAAAAUACCCUUAAAGUUAUCAAUCAUGCCCUUCUAAUAAAAUUUCCAUAAAAAACCGUUAACCAUGAUUGAAGUGUGGUUUGGGAGACGCAAAUAUCUAAACUACCCUUGUACUUUGGAAAAAUUAUCAACCAUGUGCUUCUGGUAACAUUUUCAUCUAAAAACCAUUAACCAUAGUAGAAGAGUGAUUUGGGACUACAGAUGUCUAAAAUAUCCCUAAUAAUUUUAGUUCAGCUACACUUAGUAUUAAAUGGAGGGGCAAAACUGAUAUUUCAUUUCUCAUUUUGUCGAGAUCGGGUAGUUCGAAGUUCAAAUUAUGGUUGAUGGUUUUUGGAUAAAAAUCUUAACAAAAUUAGAUGUUUGAUAAUUUUUUUGAAAUGCAUGAAUAUGUUUUUUGCAAAAAAAAAAAAAUUAAAAGAAUAUUUUUUUAUAGUAAAAUAGCAUGUUUAAUAAGAAUAAUCGACAUGUUAUAGUGUAUAACUUAUGACCAAAUGAGUUAUAAAAAAAAACUUAUGACCAAAAGAAAAUCUCAUUUGAUUCUAUUAUAAAAAAAAAAACCCCUUGAACUAGGUGCUUUUGAAUUUCGAAAGGGGAAUGAGACCGUUGGAAAGGCCAACUGACCAAGUCUGUGACUCAAGGUCUCAAUUCUCAAGUCUUUCACAUCUCUGAUCUCCUCCAUCUCCCGGAGAAAGAACAAAGAGAGAACACCAAGCUCUCUUCCAGCUAAGCCAUUUUUGGAAACUCAGAUUUCCAGAACAUGAUCGCACUCACCAUGAGGCGCCACGGCUGGCAGCGCCCUCUCCACCCUCUCCAGUUCGUGGGAAUGGCUAUCUACAGCUUCCUCGUUGUGACCUUCUACUCGUUUCUCGGACUCCUACUGGGAAACAGAGUCGCCGAAACAACUGUCACAACGAUCUUCUCCGUCGCGGCGGUUUCGGUCAUGUUGCUUUUCAUUAGGUGUACGGCCAUCGACCCGAGUGACAGAACCAGCUGCAGAAAGAGGAAGCGUGCGAAAUCGAAAGAUGGUGGGCUGCCGAAAUUGAGAUAUGGAUUCCUUUUUGGGCAAAUGGUGAAGAGGGUUUUCAGGCGGGUGGAGAGGAAGAUCCUCAGGACUUUCAUCAGGAGGAAGUACUUAGAUCCGCUCAAGGUCGCCGCUCAAAUGGAACCAUUGCUUCCUUUCCCUCUUGUAAUGAAGGAUGAUGCUGCUGUUUCCCCUGACUCCAAGCUCGAUGACAUCUCUUAUUGCUCCCUGUGUGAUUUCCAGGUGAAGAAACACAGCAAGCAUUGCAGGACCUGCAACAGGUGUGUUGAAGGAUUUGACCAUCAUUGCAGGUGGCUGAACAACUGCAUAGGCAAAAGGAACUAUACCACAUUUUUCAUGCUCAUGACAUUUAUCUUGCUAAUGUUAAUUAUUGAAGGAGGAACCGCCGUUGCCAUAUUUAUCAGGUGCUUCACUGACAAGAAAGGAAUGGAAAUGGAACUUCAGACAAGGCUGCAUAUGGAGUUUCCAAGGGCUGUUUUGGCUACAAUUGCGGUUCUGCUGGUGUUAAUGACAGCUUAUAGCUCAGCAGCCAUGGGCCAACUCUUCUUCUUUCAUGUGGUUCUCAUCCGCAAGGGAAUGAGAACGUACGACUACAUCCUGGCUAUGAAGGAGGUGAGUGAAUUAGUGGAAUCGGAAGAUGACCCAUUUGAUGAUGAUUCAGAUUUCUCUUCAGAUUCUGAUUAUGAUUCACCCCAAAGGCCAAAGUUCAUUUCCAAACUCAUCUGUGGACAACAUCAAGGAACUCAGAAUCCAAGAAGGUUGUCCAUCAAAAUAGACAAGGUCCCUGAGCCGUCCAGCUUGAACAAAAAACAAGGUUUCCAUGUGAGCAUCAAUCCGUGGAAACUGCUGAAGAUGAGCAGAGAAAAAGCUGUGCUUGCUGCUGAGAAAGCCAAAGAAAGGCUCAGGAAACAGAAGCCAGUGGAUCACCAAGAUGAAGAAGAUUCUUUGAGGCCAUUACCGCAGGAAACAAAAUGUGGUCCAUCCAUGAAACCAGACAGGAACAUGACUUCUUCUGCUGCUGCCCCACUCAUUCCUAAAGCCACGACGGUCGUCGCCUCGUCAUCGCCACGAAGGAUUUCGAGUCCAAGAAGGCGGUUUUCAGGUUCUCCAGGCGUGUUCACAGCGGCGGCGGCAGCAGCAGCAGGAAUUGUUCCAUCUCCAAGACAAAAGAAAUACAGAAGCAGCUUUGACUUGAAGCUGACAGAGGUUUCCAGGGAGCUUGAGACCUAUAUUUCCAAACAGGUCUUGUGUUCUGUUAUCAAGAAAGAUGCUUCUGAGGCAUCCCCAAGCUAAAGAUAUAUUAUGAUUUUCAUCAGACUCAACUGAUGUUUGGCCGUCUCAGGCUUUGAGAAGGAAAAACAAAUUAUUCUUAGAUCAAAAGUAUUUAAUUUCUGGAUUUGUACUUUCCGUUGGACUUGUGUUCCAAUUGAAUAUGUAAACAACUCAAAUAUUGUAAGGGUAUACGAAUGGUCCUAAAAACAGGAUAGGCCGGCAUCUUGUGGACUUGAAGGGAAGGAUGGUACCUUCUUAGUUUCUGGAAUUGGUUGAUAAU